CAUAAGCAAAGCAACUAGAAGAAGCUAGUAGCAACUCUAUACUAUAUCAAGAUGAAUCUCGCCAAGGAGAAGGUGAAGGACGCGGCAAGCGCGGCCAAGGCCAAGGCCAAGAUCACGCAGGCCAAGGUAGCCGAGAAGACAGAAGCGGCGACGGCGAGGUCACACGACGAGCGUGAGCUGGCGCACGAGCGGGGCAAGGCCAAGGUCGCCGCCGCCGAGGCGGAGCUGUACCAGGCCAAGGUGACCCACCGCGAGGAGGCCAUGGAGCACCGCCUUCACAAGCGCGGGCACAAGCACGGCGGCGGUCACUGAUGUGAGCCUGACGGCUGGCCGUAAGGCUAUGAAGAUGGACUGUACAUGCAUCGUUCAUGCGAGCAAGCCAGCCUAUACUGGUUUCUACUGUUUUUCCAAAAACCAAAAAUCCCAUUGCAAAUCUGUGUUGAUUGACGUCGGGCUUAAUUUGGAGAGGUGACAGCUGCCUGCCCCAUGUGCAUAUGUAUAUAUGUACUGUAUGUCUUAUGCGUUUUUGGCUUCUUGAAUAAUUAAUACUGCCUUUCAUAGUCAUACUUGCGGUCGCAAAUCAAUGAAUUACAGUUUUCUAUA